AGAAAUUUGAUGUGGAUCAGACGUAAUAUCUGCAAACUUUCUGUCGUGUUUUCUCGGUUUGCAUAUCUUGUUGCCGGCACCUAGUUUUAGUUAAUUGUGUGUCAUAAGCUCAGUGUUUUGUUAUUACAUUCGCGACGAAAGUAGAGUGUUGACUUCCUGGUAUUAUCGAAAUAAUUAUGUCCCUGGAGAUAUGUCAAGUGCGAAAAGAUAACAUCAUAAAAUAUACCAAUCCUGCAAUAACUUUCCAAAUUUCCCUCAAGACUGUUUAUAUUUUAGAAUAAAUAUAUAUUUUGGUUAGUUUAGGGUAUGAGCGAUAGCUAGUGAAGGAUGCCAAUAUUGCGAGAGAGAAAAAAAGACGGAAUUAGUUAUUUAUUUAUUUUAUAUUAAUUAUAAAAUAGCUUAAUCAAUUGUAAUCAUAUUCCUAGUUAUUCAUUAUAUCCUAUAUCACUAUAUAAAAUUAUUGUAAAUGAAAUGAAUUUAUUAACGAAAUACUGAGAUUGUGAUGAAUUUGGUGAUUAUUUAUUUAUUCAAUUAUUUUAUCAUUCGUUAGUUAUUAAUUAAUGAGAUUAAAGUAAUCACAAUGAAUAUUGAGUGCGCUCAUUUUUGAUAUUGUGACUUGAUGGAGCAAUAUGGACAAUAUGGCGUCCAACGUGUCUUUACGCAGCAACAAGCAGAGAAAAGACAACCUUAUCACCAGGAAACAGGACAAGAGCCCCGAGAAGACCAUCAGAGGAACGAGGGGUGCGUACCGUGGCAUACCAUCGACUUCGAAGCGUGAUGAAGAAACGGAGACAGGUUCUACGGAGCGAUUGGAUAGGCCAAAGAAGUUUAUAUCACAGAAUAAAAGCAAUUAUGGUCUGGGAAAGAGGCCUGAUUUCUCCUUGAAGAACAGGAACGUGCAUUUGGCAUCCUCACGAUAUGGACAGAUGACAUCUGGCCUUCAUCAUCAAAUACCACAGCCGUCUCACCAUCUAGAGCCUACCGUUCUUCCCGCCAAAGAAAAGACCGUGCAUGGCAAAGAAAAAACAUUUAAGGUGGUGGUGGGGGGCGAGGUGGGCGUGAUGAAGACGCCGGUGCUGGGCCCCCGGCCCUACAACGCGCUGGCCAUCAUCCACACCCAGCAGAGCAACACGUUCGAUAUGCUCAACUCGCUCACCACCAGUGUGGCUAGUCAACCUGUAGUGGGUGUGGGCGUUGGAGGAUAUCGAAGGCGUAGUUCCGGCCAGGGCACCAUAUGCGAUCCCGAACUAGACGAUAGCGGCAACAAGCUGGUGGCGAGGCUCGAAGACGACGCUUUCAUCUCUGAGCAGGAUUUGGAAGAGAAUAUCGAGAUAGCCGCGGCCACGGAGAAGGGCGCUCCGAUCAUCCCGCACCCGCCCGCCGACGCCAGCGGACAGGAGCAGCCGCAGGAGCCGCAGAAUGGGUUGGUGUACGAUCCUAUCUACGAGCUGAACAAGCUGGACGAUAAAGACAAAGAGAAGGAGGAGGACGAGGAGGAGCCGAUCGGCGUGUCUCCUUGUGGCAGGUUCUUCAAGUACGACAAAGAGGUGGGUCGCGGCUCGUUCAAGACGGUGUACCACGGCCUCGACACGCAGACCGGCGUCGCCGUUGCCUGGUGCGAGCUGCUGGAGAAAAAACUGAACAAAACGGAACGUCUCCGAUUUCGCGAAGAGGCCGACAUGCUCAAGAAGUUGCAGCACCCGAACAUCGUCCGCUUUUAUAACUACUGGGAGGGCACCGUUGCUAAGAAAAAGAAUAUAGUUCUAAUCACCGAGCUCAUGGUCUCCGGGACGCUCAAGACAUAUCUCCGACGCUUCAAACGAAUCAAUCCCAAAGUUCUCAAGUCAUGGUGCCGGCAGAUACUGAAGGGACUCAACUUCUUACAUUCGAGAACACCGCCUAUUAUACAUAGAGAUCUGAAAUGCGACAACAUUUUCAUAACGGGAACAACCGGCAGCGUUAAGAUCGGUGACCUCGGCCUCGCUACACUUAAAAACAGGAGUUUCGCCAAGUCUGUUAUUGGUACGCCCGAGUUCAUGGCGCCGGAGAUGUACGAGGAGCACUACGACGAGUCCGUGGACGUGUACGCGUUUGGCAUGUGCAUGUUGGAGAUGGCGACCGGCGAGUACCCCUACAGCGAGUGCAGCGGACCCGCGCAGAUAUACAAGAAAGUGGUCUCGGGUGUUAAACCUCAGAGUUUGGAGAAAGUCACAAUACCGGAAGUGAAGGACAUCAUCGAGUCGUGUAUUAGACCUAACAAAGCCGACAGGCCCAAAGUGAAAGAUCUCCUUAACCACGAGUUCUUCGGCGAGGACAUCGGACUCCGGCUGGAGAUCGUGGGGCGAGACCUCGUCACAUCAUCAGACAUCACCAAGAUACAGUUCCGGCUAAAGAUCAUCGAUCCAAAGAAACGGUCGUACACGCACAAGGAGAACGAAGCGAUCCAGUUCGAGUUCGACAUGCAGCACGACGACUGCGAGGAGGUCGCCAAGGACAUGGCCAAGGCCGGCCUCAUCAUGGAGGAGGACGCCAGGAUUGUCUUCAAACUGCUCAAGUCGCAGCUCAUCAGUCUCAACCGCGAGAGGAGUGAGAAGAAAGCUCAGAUGCUGUUCAACCAGGAGUUGAUUAAUGAACAGAAUAUGCAACAGCAAUUACUUUUGGAGCAGCAGUUGAGACAGGUUAAAAUGAUCCAGAACCAACAACAAUCUGGUCCAGUCGAUCAAGUGAAGGCUGGCCUGCUGAACGGUGUUGGCUCACAGCCUACUCUGGCAUCCGUACAGCUAGAUCAACAAUCUCAACUGCUGCAGGCUCAGCAACAGCUCCUACAACAUCAGUUUCAGCAGCAUCUUAAUAAUGAAGAGAAAGCCAUGAAAUUGUUUCAGCAUAAUCUUAUGCAGGCACGCAUGUCACCUUCUCUCACGGGCGACCAGCAAAUCUUGCAGCAGCAGCAGAUUCUUCAGCAGCAGCAGUUUCUUGAACAAAAUCUCAAACAGCAGGUGAUGAUGGAACAGAAUCUCCUUAAUCAGCAGAUGUUAGAGCAAACGGUAACCAACCAAGUGUUGAUGGAACAACAGGCCCAGCAAGCUCUUUUCGAACCGCAGCAAAAUCAACUACAACCAAAUUUAUUAAAUCAACAGUUAGUAGCAAAUGAAAUUAACAAUCAAAAUCAAGCGUUGCAGCAGCAAAUAAUACAGCAGCAACAAAAUAUUAUCGCUCAUCAGGCAGCGGCGAUUCAGCAAAAACAGUUGGAGGAGCAAUUGACGGCCCAGGAAAAUAUAAUUACUGGACCUCAAACGAAUCUCGUUUCAAAUCAAGUAUUAGACCCAUCUUUACAAAACUUACAAAAUAUUUUAGCCCAAAUUAUACACAGGCCGGACAAUUUGCAGUCAAGAAAAGAUUCCGAGUCAGAACAAAUGCAACAACAACUUUUACAGCAGCAGCAGGCACAACAACAACUACAGCAACAACAACAACAGCACCAACAGCAACAACAACAGCAACAUCAGCAGCAGCAGCAGCAACAACAACAGCAGCAGCAGCAGCAACAGCAACAGCAACAACAACAGCAACAGCAACAACAUCCACAGCAAAUACAACAACAAAUUAUUAAUCAACAAGCUGAAAACGAACUUCAAAAAAAUGCUCUGCAAGAGCAGGAAUCCAUGCAACAGCAACAAAAUGUAAUGAAUGUGCAAGUACAACAAUCAGCUGGUCAAAGUAUGAACUUUCAACAAACUCAGCAGUUUAUGCAUCCAAACUUAUUAACGGCUGUAGAUCCUACUAUUUUUGCGCAACAACAACAAGUAGCACAAGCGCAGCAUCAAGUAGCUCAAGCUCAACAACAACUAAAUAUGCAAAAACAAAUGUUAGCACAGCAGCAGCUUGUACUUCAGCAACAGUUAAUAACUCACCAGCAGAUGCAAUUGCCAGGACAAACAUUGUCCCCACAGCAUAUACGAAACUUGCAACAACAACAAUAUUUAGCUCAACAGGAGUUACAAUUGCAAACACAACAGAAUAUAAUUGAUCAGCAAAAUUUAGCGUUGUUGACACAAAAACAGCAACUAAUGGGGCAGCAGCAGCAAAAGGUAGAGGAGAUAUUACGAGCACAGAGACCAAUAUACACCCGCCAAGGAUCAGAGCAAAGCCAAAUAAGCACAACGGAGGUUCACGAUCAUCAGCAACCAGUAGUUUCCGAUCAAUAUCAACAGCAAAAACCACUUCUACAACCGCAGAUGUCGAUGGAUCAAAUGUAUCAGAAUCAACAAUAUGUAGAAAAACAGUUACAAAAGCAACCGUCCGAAGAGCAACCCUACCAUCCCCAAGUGCAACCAAUGCAGGGCCAAUCGCUUCCUCAUAACAUGAUGGUGCAAAAUUUCAGCCUAAUGCAGCAAAACGAAAGGCAGAUAUCUAGUCAUGAAGGCACACCUGUGCAAAAUUUUACUGCCAAUCCUCUGCAAAUGUACCAACAGAGUCAGCCUGUGCAAACUAUGCCGAACAUUGCGUACAAAUCCGUGGAAACGUCCAUACCGUCUACAGUUCCUACAACAUUACCUCAAAAUCCUCCUGUGACUCAGUAUCAGCAGGUGGAUACCGUACCGGCGUCGAAUCCUACUUCGAUACCUUCGUCAAUUCCAGCCGCUGUGCCUACCCAGGUUCCUCAAGAAGUCAAAUCUCAAAAUCAAGUCCCCGAUACAGUGCCUCAGCAACUAAACAUUCAAGCCGAAGAAGCUUUUGUGCCUAAUGGUUGUCAUAAAGAGCAGUUCCACACUCCGAUGACAGAGUUCCCUACUGGUGCGACACAUGUUGAUGCAAUACGGCAGCCGGAACUUAAUUCCGUGGAAGAAAAACAAGCGGAAACUCAACAACAGGAUGGCACAGCAGUACCGUCUCCCAUAACGAGCGAAAAGAAAAGUCGUGGUUCCAAGAAGCGUUCUCGAGAGAAAGAAAAGUUUCCGCGUCUCACGUUACUGACGAUAAGCGACGACAACACUGUGGUCGAGUGCCUGCUCGAGUCCAAGUCGAAGACCGUAACUUUCAAGUUCCACGUGCCGGAUGUCAACCCUGAAGAACUAGCCAAUAAUCUUGUGGCGAACAACUUGCUGCCGUCGUGGCAGAGCGGCGCCUUCACCGAGCUCAUCGGCGACAUCGUGCGCGAGCUGCGCGAGCCGGCCACGGCGCGCGCGCCCGGCCGCCUGCGCCUGCACGUCGACAAGACGGAUUACGACUCCGAGACCACCGAGCGCGACGAAAAUUUGACAGAUUCGAACCAGGACAACUCCGAGUGCACCACGCCCACCGCGUCGCAGGACAGCAUCGCGCUGGCCGAGCUGGCGGACGAGGCCGAGCCGCCCCCGCCGGUCGCCGGCCUGCCGCCCGCCGCGCCGCCCGCCGGGCCCCCUGCGGGCCCCCCCGCCUGCCUGCCGACCGUCGACACGCUGGCGCGCAAGAUCAGCACCGCCUCUUCUAUAGGUUCUAAUCAGUCGGAUGGAGGAUCGAUAGCGGAUCGGUCCGGUAGUACCGAAUCGAACGGCGAGAAGAAAUCCCAAAAACCCACUCGAAAGAUUUCGAGAUUUCUAGUCAGUCCCGUCGUAGAUCGCGGCGAGGACGUUCCGGAGGAGAAAGUCGACCGGACGUCAGCCGAGUCGGAUAAACCGGCAGAGGUUCCGAAGGUAGCCGAAAUCACCAAAGAACAGCCCCGCGAGCCACUAGUGAACGGUCUUCCAGAACCGGAGCCGGCACCGACGUCUGUUUCGCAACCGGUGCCCGUUCCACAAUCGGAAGCCGUACCUGUCACACAACCGGAACCGCUCGCACCGGUAGCGACGCAAAUGACUCAAGCCAUUCCUUCUGAUAAAUUUGUUCCUACGCAUCAGUACCCACUCCCGACGCAACUGUCGCACGCGCCACAGACCGUCACCGACCACCGGCCGGUGGACAGGAAGCAGGUCCUGAGCGAGUCGACGAGCGGGCCGAUUACGCAGACGGCCGUGCAACCGAUUGUCACGUCUACGCAUCUUCAGUCGACGAUGACGCAAAAUUUUCCAUUUCAAACAACGAUUAAUUCUAACUUAUUUAAUGGAACUUUACAACCAAAUCUUACAAACUUAACGACGCCAUUACAAAUAGCAACAGAUACUCCGCUACUCGGUCUGAGCCAAGUCGGGACACCUAUGGGGGUGAGUGGAGAGUUGGGCCUGAAUAUAGGCCUGGGGCAAGUAGCAACGGGGCUCACUGAUCCGAUGGGGCUCAGUAGGCUGCAGCUGACGCAACCCUCACUGACCCCCACUCCGGGGGUUACAGACUCGCUUGCGAAUGCAGAAAAUAUUCAGAGGAUGUUGCUCAAGCAGAAUAUAAUAAACCAACAGCAGAAUCUCUCGGGGCCUAACCUACUGGGUCUUCUCAACCAGCAGCAGUACCCCCAACCGGAGCUUUCGCUGCACAACAACCUGCUGACUAACACGCAACCUGGGCCCAUGUGUCGCCUGCCGUACGCUCCGCCGCGCUACUACCAGCCCAUGCUGGCCACUGCUAACGAACUCAUAGUCCAGCAGCAAGCCUUACAAAACUCGGGUCAGCUUAACCAGCCGAUGUCGCAGCUGAGCCUGGGCUUGGGUCUGGGCGCUCCUCUCCAGCCUGCUCUGGCGCAGAACCUCGGCCUGCAACAGAACAUAGGUCUCGCCUCGCAGAACCUCGCACUCAAUCAGAACAUUAUGGGACAGAAUCUUGGACAGAAUUUAGGUCUAGCCGGUCAAAAUCUAGGUUUAAGCGGUCAGAAUCUCAUGGGUGGUCAGAACCUCGGACUCGGCGGUCAGGGGCUGGGCCUGGGCGGCCAGAACCUGUCGCUGAUGGGGCAGAACCUCGGGCACCUCGUGGCGCAGCGGGCCGUGCACAGCGCACUCGCGCGCAGAGCCGCCGACAUCGACAUCGGCAUGACGAAUGUGAACUCGACGGGCUCGUCGCAGCCGAGCACGCCAAACAAGAGUCAGUCCUACAGCGAGUACAUGCUCACUCUGCAGAACAAACUCGCCUCUAUCUCGAACAGCGGUCCAGUUUCUCCACAAUCUCCUCUAGAAUACAGUCCUGCGUUAUCGCCGACGCAUAAACAAAUGCACUCAGUUCCUGGACAUAAGCGAAAUGCAGGCGAAGGCGGCACAGAGGGCGGCGCCGAGGGCGCGGAGGGCGCGGAGGGCGCGGAGGGCGGCGAGGCGGGCGGCUCGCACGCCGAGCGCCUGGCGCACCUCGACCACGAGCUCAGCAAGAUCAGCCUGCACUACAAGCACGCGCAGCCCAAGGACGCGUACAGCGAGCACGGGCCGGAUAUCAACGACGCCGCCGUUAACAACUAUCAUGAAGGCCAGGUACACACUAGGCAGUUUGUGACACUAGCGGUCCGUUCCGUGUCCGCAGAGCGCGCGCCGGCUCGCUUCCAGCUGUCGCGCGCCGCCGCGCUGCGCGGGUACGCGCUGUGCCGCCUGCUGCCCGCCGACGGCGCGCACGGCAAAGAUAAACUGGAGCUGUCUCAGAGUCAAUUCGUGGGAGAGGGAGCGCUGGACGAGCUGUCGUGCGACAACACGUCGCUGUGCGAGGAUGCGGGCGAGGCGUCGGCCGACGCGGACGCGGACGCGGGGGCGGACACGGACGCGGACGCGGACACGGACGUCGACUGCGACACCUACGUGCUGACCGACCGCACGCGCGCGCGCCGCUACGUGCUGGACGACGCGCUGGCCGAGCGCCGACACGUCAUCCUGGACCCCGCGCCGCUGAGCGACUCGAGGCCGAGUCCCGGCGAGGCAGUCGAGACGACCGAAGCCGGCGAGUUCGAACGCAGCUACCUGAUUCUGGACACGCUACGGGAUAUGACCUGCACGGUCAUCGACCGCACAUUGGCACUAGAAGACGACGCCUGCUUCGCACGCUUUACGGAGAGAAGAUAUCGCGACGAGGCGCCGGUCAGCGCGGGACUCUCCGUGAGCGAAGAGUUCGCGCGCUGGCGAAGCGCCGCGCCCCCCGAGCCCCCGCCAGCGCUCCCCGGGGCCCCCGCGCCUGCCGGGGCCCCCGCCGCGCGUCGCCGGCUGCUUCGAGACGUGCCCGCCGCCGACCUGAUGGCCGACCUCUACGUCGACGACGCGCUCACCGACAGAGGUACUAGCGGACCUGCCAUUUUUAAAUGUUACUUUAUAAAUGCGAUGGCAUAUUUCGUGGUGCUUGUAUGGAACAUUCGAUUAUGUAUGGGUAAGCGAACAAAUGUCGCACCUGAUGGUAAGCCACCACUGAUGUCACCACUGAUGUCACCACUGAUGUCACCACAUUGACGAAUGUUCUGUAUUAGUAGAUAUUGCCGACUUUGACAAACCAUUGUUAUUACUGUUUAAUAAAUUAUUAUUGUUUUUCAUUAUAUACCGGAACAAAUAAAUACUAUACGUAUUGAUCAAUAGCAAAAACGAUUAUGUGAAGGUUACACGUAAACACCUUUUGAUAUUAAAGAUCUUUACACACAAUAUAUAAAAGUAAAGUCGGUAUUGUACGUAGCGG